GUUGCCAUGGCGAGGGCGGUGCUGGUGCUCCUCUGCCUGUACUGGGCCCUGGGCCCCGCCGCGGCCUCCGCGCCCCCCAACCUCCUCCUCCUCCUCAUGGACGACAUGGGUUGGGGUGAUUUGGGAGCUUUCGGAGAGCCUUCUAAGGAAACUCCUAACUUAGACCAGAUGGCUUCAGAAGGGAUGCUUUUCCUGGAUUUUUACACUGCCAACCCCCUCUGUUCUCCAUCAAGGGCAGCACUGUUGACGGGCCGUCUCCCAGUCAGGAAUGGUUUUUACACCACGAAUGCACAUGCCAGAAACGCAUACACGCCACAGGAUAUAGUAGGAGGAAUCCCAGACUCUGAAUUACUGCUUCCAGAGUUGCUGAAGAAAGCUGGCUACAUCAAUAAGAUCAUUGGCAAAUGGCAUCUGGGUCACAGGCCCCAGUUCCACCCCCUGAAGCAUGGGUUUGAUGAAUGGUUUGGAUCCCCGAACUGCCAUUUUGGACCUUUUGAUAACAGAGCGCUCCCCAACAUCCCUGUGUAUAGGGACUGGGAAAUGAUUGGCAGAUAUUACGAAGAUUUCAAAAUUGAUCUGAAGACAGGUGAAGCCAACUUGACUCAGAUCUACCUGCAGGAAGCUCUCGAUUUUAUUAGCAAGCAGCAGGCCAGCCAGCAGCCCUUCUUUUUAUACUGGGCAAUUGAUGCUACCCACGCUCCUGUUUAUGCCUCCAAACAUUUCCUGGGCACUAGUCAGAGAGGACUAUACGGGGAUGCUGUGCGAGAAAUUGAUGAUAGUGUUGGAAAAAUCCUGAAGCAUCUUCAGAAGCUGGGUAUCAGCGAGAACACUUUUGUGUUUUUCACCUCUGAUAAUGGGGCUGCUCUCAUUUCAGCUCCUAAACAAGGAGGAAGCAAUGGUCGUUUUCUGUGCGGCAAACAAACCACCUUUGAAGGUGGCAUGAGAGAGCCAGCUAUUGCUUGGUGGCCCGGACAUAUACCUGCAGGAAGUGUCAGUCAUCAGCUGGGGAACGUGAUGGAUCUCUUCACCACCAGCCUCUCGCUGGCGGGACUGCAGCCUCCCAGUGACAGACAGAUUGACGGCAUCGACCUUUUACCUGCCAUCUUGCAGGGCAAGCUAAUUGACAGGCCCAUAUUCUAUUAUCGUGGCAACGAGAUGAUGGCAGUGAGAGUCGGGCUUUACAAGGCUCACUACUGGACCUGGAGCAACUCCUGGGAGCAGUACAGCCAGGGCAUUGAUUUCUGUCCUGGGCAGAACGUCUCUGGAGUGACAACACAUACACAGGAGGAGCACACUACCCUGCCGCUGCUUUUCCAUCUGGGGAGGGACCCUGGAGAGAAAUACCCAUUAAGUUUUGCCAGCGAUGAAUACCAAAGGGCUAUGGUACGAAUAUCUGUUGUCGUCCAGCAGCACAAAGCGACCGUGGUGCCGGGGGAGCCACAGCUUAACGUGUGCGACAAGGCCGUCAUGAAUUGGUCUCCUCCAGGCUGUGAGAAGCUAGGGAAGUGCCUGAAACCGCCCAAAUCUGAUCCUAAGAAGUGCUUUUGGCCUCACUGAUUCUUCUCUGCAGCCCUCAAGAGCUACACAGAAAAGCUAUAACCAGCCGGACAUACGGUUUACAAAGCAUGUCUCCUCAUGUUGGCACUCCUGUUUACACAGGAAGGGUGUGAUGUAUGUAUGAUAUCAUCGUUUGCUCUUCCAAAAGGGCCAGUGUUUAUAUUGCUAGUGCUCAGGGUUUAGCCUGUACUCUUCUGUUGUUUUAGUUGUUUCCGUAAAUGGUAACUUUUCAGUGAAGACUGUUUCAACUGUAAAAGCUCUCUGGACAACCACAACUCUGCCAUCACGUCAGAAAUGCCAUGGAUGCACCAUUCCUCUUGCUCCUCCACUCAGCCUGCUCUCUCAGGUCAUUGCUCAUUCAGAUGUCCCAACAGCAGCCAUGGGGGACUGUUCAGGAAGCUUACAGCCGCCAGAAAACCCUGCCCAA